AUGUUGGAGGCCGAAAAACGACAGACUGAUGCAACAGUGCGUCAAAUAACAUCCGAACGUCAGGCAUUGGACAAAUCCUUGACAACGAUGGAAAAGGAGAAUAUGGAAUUAUACAGGAAUUGCACACAGCUGCAAAAUCAGGUUGAAAAGCUGCUCGAGCAACGAGAAUUAGCAUGUGCACAAAAGAUUAAACUAUUCGAGUCAAAAAUAGUGGCACUUAAAGAGCAGUUGGAUGCAGAGCGGAAAAGGCGACUGGAUAUCAUGGAGCGAACAGUGGUCGUUCAACGAGAUCAACGACAAUUGAGGUCAGACUUGGAUGAUUCUGUUUCAUCAAUGCACCGGUUGUCACAGCACCUCCCACAGGAGCAUUACGAGCUAGCUGCUGAAACACGAAUUCGAGCGCAGAGUUUGAGCAAUAAUGCUUUUACAUGUUGA